AUGGCAGACAAACAAGUUGUCAUCACCCUCCACCCUCUUUUCAAGCCCGAUCAGUUCCCCUUCCGCUCCCUCACCCUCUCGACCGACUGCAAAUAUGUCGAUAUCGGUCGGUCUUCGAAGCGCGAGGCCAAGAACCUGGUUCCUGCUCAUCAUAACGCAUGGUUUGAUUCUCGAGUGAUGUCUCGGAAGCAUGCACGAUUGGGAACGUCCGCAAAUAUGGAGUUUGUCUACAUCCGCGAUUAUGAGUCCAUGCAUGGUACAUAUUUGAAUGAUAUGAAGAUCGCCAGUGGUCUAGAUGUCCCGCUUGCAAGCGGCGACGUGCUGACAUUCGGUACUGUUGUGACUCGUGGUGCAGAUACAUUUGAACCUCUCAAAGUUCGUUGCGAAUGCCAGUGGUUCAAGGACAGCGACCCCAGACAGGAUGGACCUCUCAUCAAAAAAGCGAUGAACAGCUUCUCUGUUCCUGAUGAUGACUCCGACAGCGAUAGCGAAAUCAUGGACAUCGAAUCCACCUCAGUCCGUGCGAAAUCGAUCGGCAUUGAUGUCUUCCAGAUCGAGAAAUCAAGUUUUCCUACUGAUCUAGAGUACCAUGACCCUUUGGACCAAACCAGCCCAGCCACCUCUCUUCCCAAUCAAGAUGCAGCAGACGUCGGCGAGGCCCCUACGGGAUCUUCCAAGGGAAUGUUCAAUGAGGUGCCGCAGGCAUCAUCCACUCAUGGACAGGAGCAGAUCACGGAUGCUGAAGGGUCACAAAAGAGUCCAAUUGUUGUUGAUGGCGAUCAACCACUUGUGACACCAAGAUCGACCCCUCCCACAAAUUCUGCAGAGGCUCAAACGCCCGAUGAGCAAGUUUCAAUUGCUGACAGUGAGGAUGACUCGCAGGAUGAGGGUGAUUAUAUAAUUUGGUGCCCUCCCCUUUCAGAUGAUGAUGCCGAGUCGAUGGCUUCAAGCAGCCCUUCCGAGGUUGCAGCCUACCCUCCGCCCUGCGUUGAACCUUACAGUGACGUCGAAAAUGAGAGCAAUUAUUCCCAUGACUCCAAUGGUGGGAGUGAGCAUUCAAUCAAGGAUCAUUCUGCCUAUCUCAAAGCAGGCGAAGAGCUCAAGGAUUCUUCCACAAACGCAAUAGAGCCUACAGUUCAGGUCGCUCAGUCACAGGCUCCUGUCUUCUGGCCAGUGCCAGGUUACAAGCCGGAUCUUUCUCAGCCUCCUUGUGAAAGACCAGUAGAACCUCCUGUGCCUGGUGCUUCGAGCAUCGGCCACUUCAAAACGGCGCUGGAAGAAUGGGCGCCUCAUCCGCAGAGUGCGGUUCCCUACGAGACAACAUUUCCACCGCGGCAAAACCCAGUGCCCACCUACCACGAUGGCCCAUUCGUGGUCUCGGGCCUUUCUGCUCCUAAUAUGACCUGCACUGCUGGACCUUCAAGUAUCGGCGAUCCCUGGGCCGGAGACCUCACAAAGCAUACCCAGAGAUACGCCUGCGUUCGAAACAGCAUGCCGUGUCUGUCUACAUUCAUAUCACCAACCCACUCUCAUGAUACCACCACUCCCAGGGACAACAAUGCCUCCCUUCCAUCUGUCCAAGCCCCGAAAGUUCACACGCGAGUCUCAAUUGCGGAUAUCCUUGAUGCUACUGAUCCGGAGCACACCGACCCUCCACGAGUCACGUUGAAGCGAAAGGCUCCCGAGAUGGAGAUGGAUUCUAUCAUUUCUGCGCCCAUUGAGUCCCAGGUGCACAGCGCCCCCGACAAUGCCAUGUCCAUGUCCCAGGAUGCGCAACCACAGAACAUUUCCGGGCCUGUCGAUCUAUCGCAACUCAGCGCUAUUUCCUCUACCGGAGAUAAACCCUCUGCGAACGAAGAAGCUGAGGCCUCACAACCCCCCGUCAGCCCUCUUUCCCGGAGCGAAGAACCCCUGCGCAAAAAGGCAAGAGUUGAGAAUGAAGCUCCUCAUGCGAGGGGUUACAUAAGUCAUGCUGCCACUGCCUUGGUCGGUGCCGUGGUGGGUGGUCUCGGAACCAUUGCUCUGCUGGCCUCCCUGCCUCCCGACUUCUUCAACUAG